UAUUAUGUAUGCAUGUUUAUAUACGUAUAUUAGCAAAGGACAUAUGUAUAUUAGCUUUACAUAUAUGAAAAUUGCGCCAAAUAUCGGAAAAAAUGUAUGAUUGCAUUAGAUUUGAUUUUGAUUGGAUAAAUGUAUAUAUGUACAUAUAUGAAAACUGCGCCAAAUUAAUGAAAAGCUCUUAUGAUUGCUUGUAACCAAUUGAACUUUGGUUUGAAUUUUAAUUCGAAAAGAAAGUCAAUUGGAAGUGCACGUGCGCGGUGAAGCAAACAUUUUUAAAUUGUUAAUAAGUAAUAAUUAAAAGAAAAAUAUGCCUAAAGCUUCGAAAUGUCGUGUUCGCGAGUGUUAUAGUGUACAAAAUGUUCGUUCGUUUGCAUUUCCCAAAAAUCGGGAAUUAUUAAAUUUGUGGAAGGAGAAUUUGAGGAUCUCACCCUCAAUGCAAAUGCCAAUGCAUAAUUCAUUUGUAUGCAUUAAGCAUUUUGAGGAGGAUGCCGUGGGACCAAAAUAUCUCAAGAAUGGAGCGGUUCCAACUUUAAACUUGGGCUAUGAUGAUGUUCCACCGAACAAGUGGACCGAAAAAAAGAAAAAAAGGAGCUGCUGUAUCGUGAGCUGCGUGCCUAAGGAUAAAGUUAUACUUUUUGCGUUUCCUAGGGACGAAGAGACCCGUAAGAAUUGGGCCUUGGCUUGCAACGUGCAAGUGUCAAGCACUGACAGGGUUUUUCUUUGCCAACGCCAUUUUGAACCCACAUUGGUUGCAAAAUAUAAACUCUUGAAAGGGGCUUUUCCUUGCUUCAAUUUAGAGCCAGUAAAUAGAAGUCGCUCGCCUAGUGCUGGCUCUGAUUGGGUUUGCCCGCCCGUCACUGCAACUUAUAGUAAGGUAGUUAAGGAAGUAGAAGAAGAUUUAACUCUGGAAGAGUUUGAGAAAUAUUCGAUAAUAGAGGAAAACAGGCAGGCUAGUUAUAGUAAUCAGAUCUGCGUGGACUUAGAAACCACAACCACUCGCGAACGGUUUGCUCAGUCUGCUCGCUAUUAUCAGAGCAACGCGGUCAAAUUAAAUAAACGUAUUGAGGAGCUUGAAAAAGAAAAUAAUGACCUAAAAAAUAAAUAUUCUGAGUUGUUGAAACGUGCAAUAAUUGCGGAAGAAAGUUGUAGCAGCGAUGCUUUAACUUUUGCAAAAAUGAUCGUCAGUACCAAAAAAGGUUGGUAUAAUGAGGACGAAAAGGCAUUGGCACAAAAUUUGAACUAUAUGUCCACUAAAGCAUAUUCUUUUAUGCGUGACGAUCUAGGUUUUUGUUUACCACACAAAUCAUCUCUUUUGCGUUGGCGCCCCAUCAGGUAUGUUGUUCCAGGUUUCGAUGCCAAUGUCGUUAACAAUUUAAGCAAAAUUGCUAGCAAAAUGUCCGGCACAGAACGCAUAUGCAUUUUAUUAUUUGAUGAAAUGAGCAUCAAGCCGGAUCUUACUUAUAAUAAAAGUAGGGAUAUAAUUGAUGGGUUUGUGGACCAUGGGGAAGGCCAACGUCAAAGCAGAAUAGGGAACAAAUGUAGUGUUUUUAUGGUUAAAGGGUUGUGCUCUAAGUGGAAGUAUGUAUUUUCCUACUAUAUUUCCAAAAAUGGUUUUAAUGGUACAGAGUUACAUCAAAUUGUGAUGAGUAACAUUUCCGCAAUUACGAAAAUUGGACUGAAUAUAAAAGUUAUGAUUUGCGAUCAAGGGCCCGCGAAUAUAACUUUAUUUAAUCAAUUGAAGAUUUCUGAAAUUAACACCUUUUUCAUGCACGAAAACAAUAAAAUUUUUUGUAUGUUUGACUAUUGCCAUCUCAUAAAGUCCAUCCGUAAUGUAUUUAUGAAAUAUGAUAUUCCAACCGCUCAUGGCACUGCAAGCUUUAAGGUCAUUAGGAAGUUAUUUGAUAUUGAUCAAAAGAAUUCCAAUUUUAAAAUUUGCCCAAAAUUGACGGAGGCUCAUAUUUAUCCAAGCAUUUUCGAAAAAAUGAGCGUUUCACGCGCAACACAAGUAUUGAGCAAUUCGGUAGCGUCAGGUAUUGACAUGAUGUGUAGUCAAAAUUUAUUUGGUAAUGACGAAAACUUGAUAAAUUUUGCCAAGCCCACGCAGAUAUUUGUUAAAGAAAUGAACGCAAAGUUAAAAGACUAUUAAGUUACUUCGAGUUCUUUAGUCCAAUGUCUACAAUGCGUGCAUAUUCCACUAUUAAAUGUAUCCAAGGUUUUCGUACUACCAUAAAAUCGAUGCUGGAAUUGUGCGAGGAACUUUUUCAACAGCAUCAAAAUUUAAAAUUUAUUUUCCUUGGAAAGUUAAACCAAGAUUGUCUAGAAAAUUUCUUUUAUCGGGUCCGAGCUAGUCAGGGUAUUAAUACUCAUCCCACAGCACACGAAGUACAGUAUAUAGUAGCGCGAUUGAUAUCUAUGAAAAUUUUACGACAGCGGUUCGAAAACAAAGGCAAUAAUUGCGAAGAUGAUGAUGAUAUUAAUUUAGACUGGAAUUUAGGGACUGAGGAUCAUCAUCUGGAGGAAGAAGUAGGAGAACCGCUAAAUGAGCAACUCGUUUUAGAAAAUAUAGAGGUAGGAGACGAGAAUUUUGCCGAAGAACAAAAUAUAGCUGAGGUACAGGUGCAGCGUUAUUACACUGGCUAUGGUAUUUACCAAAAAUUACUGUGUAAGCUAAAAUGCGACAAAUGCGCCCACAUUAUGAUGAAAACACAAGGAGACUUAAAAUUGCAUUCCGAAGCCCUGAUAAGGUCUAAAAAUUUCACGGAUGACACCGAUUUGAGACUGGUGAAUCCUGAAGACAGGGUAUUCGAAGUGUGUCGCCUUCAGAUGAUGUGGUACCGUCAGCUUUUUGCAAAAUAUGCUCACGUAGGUAAUAUUCGCAAUCUAAUGUUGCCGGUUAUAAAACAAAAAACCGAAGAAGUAUUUCCCCAUUGGUUCGCACUAUCUGGCGAAUGUCAGGAUCAUCGCAUCAAGCUACUCGAUUUUUUGAUAUAUGUACUUCUAUUCAAAAAUGCGAAAUGGCUUUUACGGCAAGAAAAUACCCAAGUCAGGUGUCAGAAGCGCAACGAUAAACUAAAAAAGUUGUCGUACGUUGUAGGUCAGGGUCCAACAAGGUGAGUUGCGCAGGUCCUUAGGGUAAGUAAAACCAGCGUUUAUUUAUUGUUUAUUCUUAUAUGUAUUCAUUUAUAUUUAUUUUUCCUAUUUUCCAGAUUUUUUUAUUUUUCAGGGUUUUCUGCAUCUUUCAGAUUUUUCUCUAUCUUUCAGGUUUUCCUUUUAUCUUCUUUUUCAGGUAGCACCUGAGCCUAGAUUUUUAAACCACUACAAUUUUCACUUAAUCACGAUGGAUUGAGAGUAGUGUUUUAAAAAUCAGGUAAAUCGCAUUGACUUAAUCGAUGUCAAUAUCGAAGUCGUGUGAGAAAUUGUUAUAGUAUGAGAACAAUUUCGUAAUUCGUGCUU